GACAAGCCAGAUAUCAGAUUCAAGAAUAUUCAUGGUCUACUCGAAGCACUAAAUCUUCACGGUAAUGCAUCGCGGAACGAGUUUUUGAAAGCGUUCGGAGUUACAAUAUCCACCUUGCCGAAGACUGUGGAAGGAUUCCGUCGACAGGCGCCGCAGAUCUCAUAUGGUGGCAAAAAGACAUGUUUGAUCGAUAAAGCAAAGUAUAACUGGCGAGAAAGAUUUGAUAUCAGAUACGUCGAAGGCGGCAAAGUCGACCGAAUGAUUAUUGUUCUCAGUGAUCGACGCCUGCCUGAAAUUAUUAGAGAGCCCUUGGAAAGGACAAUCAGUAGCAAAGGUAUUCAAUGUGGCAACAUUGAAUUUGUCCUCGUGAAUUGUAGGGAUUCAUCUGAAACGGAAUGCAGACUUGAAGAGGUUUUCAAGCAAAAUAAAGCUUCUAAAGAAUCGCUGCUCAUCAUCUACGUCGACAAAGCAGAAAAUAAAUCUCACGAGUUUCUAAAAUUAAUGGAGGUUAAGUAUUUGAUUCCAACGCAGCAGUUGACGACAGAACUUGCCUAUAAUCUCCCAAGGUGA